UACUUCUUUUACGUAUAAAUGACACAAAUUGCAAUUCUUUUCUCAAACUCCCAUUUUUAAACCUUUUAGGAUUCUGAGCAAUAUACUUCUUCUUCUACCCUUUGGCUUCUAUUUCAUUAGCUUAUAAAAAACCAAAACACAAACCCAAAUACAAAGAAACGUUAAUUAGCUUUGUGGGGUGGAGAGACCUUUUAUUGAAGGGGAGCUUAACUGUUGGACCAACUGAGCACUACCUGCCAAUGAUUUGAACUUUCUUGGUUUUUUGGACUGGAAGUUAGAUAAAGCUCAAAUAUUUUGGGUUUAUUUUGUAUCUGGCAUAGUUUCUUGAAAAAAAUAGCAGGACCUUCAAGGCCGAAAAGGGAAUAUUUUCGGCUUUUUUGGAGUGAUUUUUUGGAUGAUCAGGAAAUUGUUUUGUCUUUGAGGGAAGCAGUUAAUAAGGUAGAAUAGAAAUGAUGGAUAGAGUGCCAAGAUUGCUUAUGGAGGUUCUAACAGAACCACAACGAGGAGGAGAGUCUUUACUCGGGUCGAUUAAGAUUGCUGUUUUACCGAUUGCAAAAGUUUUUACCAUGUGCUUCUUGGGAUUUCUUAUGGCCUCCAAGUAUGUUAAUAUUCUUCCGGCUAAUGGACGGAAGCUCUUAAACGGGUUGGUGUUUUCACUUUUACUGCCCUGCUUGAUAUUCUCUCAACUUGGACAAGCCAUCACAUAUGAGAAACUGCUUCAAUGGUGGUUCAUCCCUGUUAAUAUUGUUAUCGCCACCAUAUCUGGUUCUAUUAUAGGUUGCAUCGUUGCUUCAAUCGUCCGUCCACCAUACCCUUAUUUCAAGUUUACUGUUGUACAAAUAGGCAUUGGGAAUAUUGGAAAUGUUCCACUUGUUCUGAUAGCUGCACUAUGUCGGGAUAAAUCAAAUCCUUUUGGUGACUAUGAGAUAUGUUCGCGAGAUGGAAAUGCAUACAUCUCAUUUGGCCAGUGGGUUGGUGCAAUUGUUCUCUACACCUAUGUGUUCAAUAUGCUCAAACCUCCUCGUGAAGGCACUUUCGACGUUCAAGAUGCAAAUCUUCCUAUCAAAAAUCCUAACAGAGAUGGCUCGCAGAGCCAUCUGACAGCUAGUUCACCAGAGCAAGUUCCAUUACUUACAACAGAUGUAGCACCGGCUGACUCAAGUGGUUCAAAGAAAGAAAAG